AUGGAGUGGAUGCGCGUGGCCAUUGUGCACGCUGAGCACCGCCGCAGCCUAUUGGUGGACAGCGAUGAUGUCAGACAGACCGCCAGACAGCUCCUCCCAGGCCUGGACUGUGAACCCAGACAACUGACGUAAGAGAGAGAGCACACACACACAGUGAAAUACAUAGUAGAGAUGCAGGUAGAUCACUCUCUGACGUGUCCAAAAAAGAGUGCUCUUUGAAACACACUCCUACAUCCAGGGCUCGAAUUGAGUGGGUGCGCGGGGGUAGGCCGUACCCCUUGUUAGAAAAAGGCAAAAAGCGUACCACUUGUCAGCUUAAGAUAUUUGUCAUUUUUUACAUAUAACAAAUCUCUGAAAUCCUUAGCAGAGGCACUCCGGAAACAAAAACGACAGCCGGGUCUGAUGGAAAGAAGGAGAGGAGGGAGGGAGAAAAGGGGUAAUUGUGGCACAGUAGCCAAUCAACAUACACCUUGCUAUGUGUGCUGCACACAUACACACGCACCGCACUCAUAGUUUGAGCAGAAUAUCAUCGGUCGGGCAGCAAGAGUGCGCAGCUAAAACAACUGGUUGUCCCGUGGAGCAGCUCACAGGCGAACGACAGCGGUAGGGUAGUUAAAUUGAACUAGUUUCUCAUAAUUCAUGAAAUCAGUGAUUUGUAUUUCCUGCAACUUUCUGAAGAAGUAAGGCCUGUUUGUGUUGUGUAGCCAGUUAGCAUGCCGGAACAGUCAUUUCUAAGACAUUCCCCAAAAACCUUCCAAAUAAGAUUUUUACUCCAAAGUAGGCCUAACUGGCACAAUGAUAUCAUGAUGAUUUGUAGCCUAUCAAUGGGGUGGUAAUUCGUUUUUGCAAACUCUGCCAUCAUAUGUACACUAUUGUACAGUACAGAAACACAGCUAGCCAAACAAAUGGCCUCUUGCUGCUGCACAAUUGAAUUAAAGGGCAGAUAUACCCUCCCAAAAAAGUUUUAGGGGGGAUUUUUUCCCAGACCUCAAAAGUGGUCGCCUGAUGUGGUUUAAAGUACCACAAGAGCGGAAAUUCACUUUCUUUCAACUGAAAGACGAUGCACAGAGCUUACCCAUGAUGUUGGACAAUGGUUGAAGUCAAUAAGUCAUCGUUUUAGUCAGAGUAUGAUAUAUACUGAACAAAAAUAUAAAAGCAACAUGCAACAAUUUCAAAGAUUUUACUGAGUUACAGUUCAUAUAAGGAAAUCAGUCAAUUGAAAUAAAUUCAUUAGGCCCUAAUCUCUGGAUUUCACAUGACUGGGCAGGGGUGCAGCCAUGGGUGGGCCUUGGAGGACAUAGGCCCACCCACUUGGCAGCCAGGCCCACCCACUGGGAAGCCAGUCCCAGCCAAUCAGAAUGAGUUUUUCCCCACAAAAGGGCUUUAUUACAGACAUAAAUACUCCUCAGCACGGUGAAGAGGCUGGAUGUGGAGGUCCUGGGCUGGCGGGGUUACGUGUGGUCUGCAGUUGAGAAGCCGGUUGGACUUAAUGCCAAAUUCUCUAAAAUGACGUUGGAGGCGGCUUAUGGUAGACAAAUUAACAUUAAAUUAUCUGGCAACAGCUCUGGUGGACAUUCCUGCAGUCAGCAUGCCAAUUGCACGCUCUCUCAAAACUUGUGACAUCUGUGACAAAACUGCACAUUUUAAAGUGGCCUUUUAUUGUCCCCAGCACAAGGUGCACCUGUCCAAUGAUCAUGGUGUUUAAUCAGCUUCUUGAUAUGCCACACCUGUCAGGUGAAUGGAUUAUCUUGGCAUAGGAGAAAUGCUCACUAACAGGGAUGUAAACAAAUUUGUACGCAAAAUGUGAGAGGAAUAAGACUUUUGUGCAUAUGGAACAUUUCUGGGAUAUUUUAUCUCAGCUCAUGAAACAUGGGAUCAACACUUUACAUGUUGUGUUUAUAUAUUUGUUCAGUGUAUUUGGGCUUGAAGGGGGAAAUCCGAAGUGGGGACUUCGGAUUUUUAAAAUGUCAAUGCCUUGUGUUUCCCCUCUAUGACGUGCUAAUACUUUGUAGUCUACGUUUAUUUUAAGGGCUGGGUUUUAUUUGAAUGUUAUCACCCACCAGCAUGUUUAUUAAUCAGAAACACCUGCAAAGUUCUUCCUCUUCGCGAGUCACGACUGAGCCAAACAGAUUUUCGCCGUAGCCUACACUUGGCCACCUGAACCAUAGAGCAAAUUAAAAUUGGGAGUGCAAACUUACGUGUAUGACUCCACAUUUUUACCAGAAAAUUUAAUUUGUCAAUUUUCACUUAUUCUUGAGCUAGUCAUUAUUUAAAAAUAUAAUUUUAUAUAUAUAUAUAUAUAUAUAUAUAUAUAUAUAUAUAUAUAUAUAUAUAUAUAAAUACACAGUACCAGUCAAAAGGUUGGACACACCUACUCAUUCAAGGGUUUUUCUUUAUUUUUACUGUUUUCUACAUUGUAGAAUAAUAGUGAAGACAUCAAAACUAUGAAAUAAGACAUAUGGAAUCAUGUAGUAACCAAAAAAGUGUUAAACAAAUCAAAGUAUAUUUUAUAUUUGAGAUUCUUCAACGUAGCCACCCUUUGCCUUGAUGACAGCUUUGCACACUCUUGGCAUUCUCUCAACCAGCUUCAGCUGGAAUGCUUUUCCAACAGUCUUGAAAGAGUUCCCACAUAUGCUGAGCACUUGUUGGCUGCUGUUCCUUCACUCUGCAGUCCAACUCAUCCCAAACCAUCUCAAUUGGGUUGAGGUCGGGUGAUUGUGGAGGCCAGGUCAUCUGAUGCAGCACUCCAUCACUCUCCUUCUUGGUCAAAUACCCCUUACAUAGCCUGGAGGUGUGUUGGGUCGUUGUCCUGUUGAAAAACAAAUGAAAGUCCCACUAAGCCCAAACCAGAUGGGAUGGCGUAUCGCUGCAGAAUGAAAAAGAUUACAUGGACAGUGGGGACCUGAUCCUACAGUAGAUCAGCUGAUGGAGGAGAGGCUUGAAUAUAUGUCUCUCACUUAUAUUUUGCUCCUGUCAAAUUAGCUAGUUAAAUCGUCAACACAUUACUUCAUCAGUCAUCAAAACGUAACUUCUGUCCCCUUUCAAAGGUCUCAGCCUAGUUAGAUUUACACCAUAUGUCUACUCUAGACAUCGUCCUACUCGAAGAAACAUUGUUAAAGUAUGAAACUGCUCCACCCAUUACAUUAUGUGGUUGAUGAACUCUGACUAACCUAACGCUAACCUCUUUCUCCUCAAUUUGUCUCUCUUCUUCUUCUUCUUCUUCUUCUUCUUCUUCUUCUUCUUCUUCUUCUUCUUCUUCUUCUUCUUCUUCUUCUUCUUCUUCUUCUUCUUCUUCUUCUUCUUCUUCUUCUUCUUCUUCUUCUUCUUCUUCUUCUUCUUCUUCUUCUUCUUCUUCUUCUUCUUCUUCUUCUUCUUCUUCUUCUCCCUGUUUCUCCCCAAGGCCUGAGUGUUGUUUUAGUUCGUUCAGGCGUCUGGACUCCAAGGCAGCCACUGAUAAGUUUCACUUGGACCUGGGCUUCCGCAUGCUCAACUGUGGACGCACCGACCUGAUUGGCCAGGCCAUCGACCUACUGGGGCCUGACGGGGUAAACAGCAUGGACGACCAGGUAUUGAGAGAGAGAGAGUGAGAGGGGUGAGCAGGGUGUGUGUGAGUUGGGAUCGGGGGGUGCUGUGUGCGUGUGUGUGUGUGUGUUUGUGGGUUUAUAGUGCUGAAUGGAGGUGUGUGGGUGUGUGCAUUUUGUGUGAACUCAACUGCUGAGUUGAGGUCUAACGUGCUGUAGUUGGUAGAUCAUAUUCUAAACAAAGCAUUACAUCGUCUCUUUCUCUCUCCCUCUGUCUCUCACUCACUCUCUCUCUCUCUCUGCAGGGUAUGACCCCUCUGAUGUAUGCGUGCUCAGCGGGAGACGAAGCUCUGGUCCAGAUGUUGAUUGACGCCGGGGCCAACCUAGACGUGGCGGUAAGGCUUUUUUUCCCUGCUCUGAUUGGUUACUCUAGAGCAGCGUUUCCGUUAGCCGGUAAAUGCCAGCUUUAGGCUGAUAAAAAAUAUUAUAAGACGAUAAAUAAAAAUGUUGCUGUGUGUAUUUCUAUUUUUACUGACGCAAAAGACGUGAGGUCCUCAGAAAGGACUUCAGCUAAGUGUACCCCAACUGGGCAAAAUUGGAGAAGAUUGAAUUGAUUAUCCCCGUUUCCAGUGUGCCCACCGAGAGAAAAUUAUUUCUCCAAAACAGAGUAAAGACGGCCUCAAGAUCACGACUUCUUGAGGACAAAGUAACGAGGCAGUGUAUUGUGUGCAAUUGGUGCUUAUUCAGUAGCACUUAUAAAUGAAACAUCUUUGCCAACUAGUCACAUCGGAGAGUUACAAUGUUGAAAUCACUACGCAGCCAACUGCCUGUAGUAGGGAACAUAGUUGUUAUCAAUAAACCACGUAUAUCACACAUGACACGAGUCGUGACCCCAUGAUAGUUCGAAUUACAAUAAACAUAACAUUUGUUAACAUUAUCCAGCAGAACUGUAAAAAGAGUGAGAUAUAAUUUGAGCUUUAGAAACAAGUGAUUUCAUAAAUUUAUGGCGUUGGCCUCGUUUCACAGGAGCAUAGUAAAAUAAGCUUUCUCUCAAUGAACCAGCCUUAACGAAUUUAGUUUAUUUACAUAUCGAAUUUGAUCGUCCAACAUCAGUUUUAUAAUUUCUUCAUUUUGUGGCAGCCUAGGGCAGUGUUUCUUUAUCCUGGUCCUGGGGACCUAAGGGGUUGCAUAUUUAAGUUUUUUCCCUAGCAUUACAUACAUUAAACUAAAUUAGAGACGCCUAGAUUGUAUUUGAAAACAGCUGUGUUUUGUUAUUUAUUAAUUUAAAUAUAUUUUGAAGUUAUUUGUAGGCGACUUGUUCUUCUAGGGUAAAUGUUUUUUUCCUCCAUUAAAAAAAAGAAGAUAUUAAUUUAAGAUUUAUUGCCAGGAUGGGCUCCCGAGUGGCGCAACGGUCUAAGGCACUGCAGCUCAGUGCUUGAGGCGUCAUUACAGACCCCCUGGUUCGAUUCCAGGGCGGCGCACAAUUGGCCCAGCGUCGUCCAGGUUUGGCCGGUGUAGGCCGUCAUUGUAAAUAAGAAUUUGUUCUUAUCUGACUUGCCUAGUUAAAUAAAGGUAAAAUAAAUGAAGACGCAAUGACCAAUGUUUCGUUUUUCAAUAAAACCUGUCAUGUUGGUAUAAGAACAUUUGUUUUACUUUUUUUAAUUACAACUUUACAGGAUAAUUUAUAUUCUGUUAGGAUGAAUUACAAUAAUCGAAAUGUGAUUUUGAGCACCAUGAGUGGACGCACUAAUGCGUUACGCACCCAAUGCAUAUGGAUGUCCAGUAAAUUUCUCAAAUGCCAUUCACGUUGUAUGGCGGCAAAUUUCCGGAAACCCUGCUCUAGAGACACAUGUAUUCUAUUUGGUCUCCAACCCUGGUUCUGAAGAGCUACAGUAUAUAUUUAUUUUCCAGCACUGCACUUAAGCACAGCACUAAAGCUUGAAGAUAAAUAUAGUGUAGAAAAUCAUUGUACCAUCUAAACCGCUGUGAAAUAUAUUUUCCAUAACCAGAAAUAUUGCAUUUUCAGCUGUUUUAAGCUGGUGUACUAAACCGGAAGUAAAAGACGCAAAAACUAAACUUAAGAACUGGAAGCAUAGAAAUAGCGCACAUAGAACCGAUGUACCGCUUCUUAGACUUGCUUUCAAUGACAAUGACAGAUCUAUAACUCAUAUUUCUAUGUGAAUUUGGUAGGGUCGCUCAAAAAGUUACAUAUUGCAGCUUUAAGUUUAUGACUGUUUUAUUUGUCGUUCAUGCACUCACACUUUUCUUACUAGCACUGAUUUUAUAGCGGCUGAUAACGGCUAUUUGAUAUGUGGUUGUUUUAUGUACCUCAGUAGAAUGUACUGAUUGUAAGUCACUCUGAAUAGGACUGUAAGACUAAGGGCUCGAUUCAAUCUGUAUCGCUGAAGGUCAAUCGUGCUACAACUUAGAUCUUCAGCGCUAUAUAUUGAAUCGAGCCCUAAGUGAACAAUGAAUUACAGUAAACAUCUAUCAUGACAUUGAUACCUAACCUCUUCUCCCUCUGUCUCUUCUGCCCAGGUGCCUGCCUGUUCUUCCAAGCAACCCUCUGUCCACCCAGACAGUCGCCACUGGGCGGCUCUUACCUUCGCUGUGCUGCACGGACACAUCUCUGUGGUACAGGUAGGAAUGACUGAAAAGACACCUUAUGUAGUUCCAGAUGAGGAAAGGGGAAAACCUAAAUUAAUUUAACUUCAAAGGCAAGGAUUCAAUCCAAUGCAGAUGAACAAAUAUUUUUGCGUCAUAUCCGUGGUAUAUUGUCUGACAUACACACGGCUGAAAUGCUGUUUCAGCCAAUCAGCACCCAAACUACCAGUUUAUAAUCUGAAUUUUGUAGCAUCUCGGCCUAUGUCUUUUUUUCACAGAAACACGUAUCAUCCCUUUGCAGUGGUUUGCUUCACCUUCUUCCACCUCAACAGACAGGGUGUAUACUGUAGCAGAUGUUGUGCCUAACCCUUACCCUGUGUGUGUGUGUGUGUGUGUGUGUUGGCAGCUCCUGUUGGAUGCAGGGGCUAACGUGGAGGGGGCAGCCAUCCGAAAUGGACAGGAGAGCACAGCAGACACCCCUCUCCAGCUCGCAUCUGCAGCAGGUGGGCACCACACGGGCACGGGUGGGCACAGCCACAUGGCAUACACAUACACACACACACACACACACACACACACACACACACACACACACACACACACACACACAAACCACAAUAUAGAACUAACUCAACACUCACACAUACACUCUUACACACAACCACCCAUUAAAAAGUGUGUGAUGGAAAUAUACAGUACCAGUCAAAAGUUUGGACACACCUACUCAUUCCAAGGUUGUUCUUUAUUUUUACUAUUUUCUACAUUGUAGAAUAAUAGUGAAGACAUCAAAACUAUGAAAUAACACAUAUGGAAUCAUGUAGUAACCAAAAAAGUGUUAAACAAAUAAACAAAAUAAUGGCGCCAGAGGAGAUACACUGCCCCUAAUCAAUUAUUAUGUGUGUUUUUUUGCGUUAUUUGUAAUUUAUUCUGUAAAUAAUGUUUCUGGCACCGUCUCUUAUGACCAAAAAGAGCUUCUGAAUGUCAGGACAGCGAUUACUCACCUCGUACUGGACGAGAUUUUUUCUUCAACGAGUCGGACGCGAAGGAUAUUCUACAGACACCCGACAAGGCCCAAAUCCCUGUCAUUCGCAUGAGAAAGAGACGGAGAUAUCGUGGACGUAGGUCGGGGUGCCUUGUAAGGAUCCGACGGCGAGCGAGUAAACUGCCUCUUCCAUCAAUCCUAUUAACAAACGUACAAUCAUUGGAAAACAAAAUAGACAACCUAUGAUCACAGAUACCCUACCAACGGGACAUUAAAAACUGUAAUAUCUUAUGUUUCACCGAGUCGUGGCUGAACGACGACAUGGAUAACAUACAGCUGGCGGGAUAUACGCUACAUCGGCAGGAUAGAAUGGCUGACAUUGAUACCAGGCGGUGUCAGAGGAAGGCCCUAAAAAUUGUCAAAGACUCCAGCCACCCUAGUCAUAGACUGUUUUCUCUGCUACCGCACUACAAGCUGUACCGGAGCGCCAAGUCUAGGUCCAAAAGGCUUCUUAACAGCAUCUACCCCCAAGCCAUAAGACUCCUGAACAGCUAAUCAUGGCUACCCAGACUAUUUGCAUUGUCCCCCCACCCCCUCUUUUACACUGCUGCUACUCUCUGUUUAUUAUCGAUGCAUAGUCACUUGAACUCUACCCACAUGUACAUAUAACCUCAAUUACCUCGACUAACCUGUGCCCCCGCACAUUGACUCUGUACCGGUAUCCCCUGUAUGUAGCCUCCCUGCUGUUAUAUUAUUUAACUGUUGCUCUUUAUUUUUAUAUAAUUUUUAUUAUUUACAUAUCUAUUUUUUACUUAUCCCUUAUUUUUCUUAAAAACUGGAUUGUUGGUUAAGGACUUGUAAGUAAGCAUUUCACUGUAAGGUCUACACAUGUUGGAUUCGGCGCAUGUGGCAAAUAACAUUUGAUUUGAUUUGAAAAUAUUUGAGAUUCUUCAAAGUAGCCACCCUUUGCCACAGCUUUGCACACUCUUGGCAUUCUCUCAACCAGCUUCAUGAGGAAUGCUUUUCCAACAGUCUUGAAGGAGUUCCCACAUAUGCUGAGCACUUGUUGGCUGCUUUUCCUUCACUCUGUGGUCCCACUCAUCCCAAACCAUCUCAAUUGGGUUGAGGUCCGGUGAUUGUAGAGGCCAGGUCAUCUGAUGCAGCACUCCAUCACACUCCUUCUUGGUCAAAUAGCCCUUACACAGCCUGGAGGUGUGUUUGGUCAUUGUCCUGUUGAAAAACAAAUGAUUGUCCCACAAAGCGCAAACCAGAUGGGAUGGCUUAGCGCCGCAGAAUGCUGUGGUAGCCAUGCUGGUUAAGUGUGCUUUAAAUUCUAAAUCAAUCACUGACAGUGUCACCAGCAAAGCACCCCCACACCAUCACACCUCCUCCUACAUGCUUCACGGUGGGAACCACACAUGCAGAGAUCAUCCGUUCACCUACUCUGCGUCUCACAAAGACACGGCGGUUGGAACCAAAAAUCUCAAAUUUGGACUCAUCAGACCAAAGGACAGAUUUCCACAGGUCUAAUGUCCAUUGCUCGUGUUUCUUGGCCCAAGCAAGUCUCUUCUUAUUAUUGGUGUCCUUUAGUAGUGGUUUCUUUGCAGCAAUUCGACCAUGAAGGCCUGAUUUACGCAGUCUCCUCUGAACAGUUGAUGUUGAGAUGUGUCUGUUACUUGAACUCUGUGAAGCAUUUAUUUGGGCUGCAAUUUCUGAGGUGCAGUUAACUCUAGUUAACUUAUCGUCUGCAGCAGAGGUAACUCUGGGUCUUCCUUUCAUGAGAGCCAGUUUCAUCAUAGUGCUUGAUGGUUUUUGCGACUGCACUUGAAGAAACUUUCAAAGUACCUGACAUUUUCUGGAUUGACCUUCAUGUCUUAAAGUAAGGAUGGACUGUCAUUUCUCUUUGCUUAUUUGAGCGGUUCUUGACAUAAUAUGGACUUGGUAUUUUACCAAAUAGGGCUAUCUUCUGUAUACAAGAACGUAUUAAGAAGGAAAGAAAUUCCACAAAUUAACUUUUAACAAGGCACACCUGUAAUUGAAAUGGAUUCCAGGUGACUACCUCAUGAAGCUGGUUGAGAGAAUGCCAAGAAUGCAAAGCUGUCAUCAAGGCAAAGGGCGGCAACUUUGAAGAACCUCAAAUAUAGAAUAUGUUUUGAUUUCUUUAACACUUUUUUGGUUACUACAUGAUUCCAUAUGUGUUAUUUCAUAGUUUUGAUGUCUUCACUAUUAUUCUACAAUGUAGAAAAUUUGUAAAAAUAAAGAAAAACCCUUGGAUGAGUAGGUGUGUCUAAACCUUUUGCUGGUACUGUAUGUCAGACCUGAGAGGUAUACUACGAUGGAGGCUAAAUCUACACAGUGUUUUUUUUAUAGCUAGCCAGCUUCAGUUAGCUUCACAUUCCAGCUUAGGCUUCAUCAAUGUUACAAAGAUGGAUAUGGAUCGUGCACCCGCCACUUAUUCGAGCAUGCUCGAGUUGGGCUUGUAACUGCGCGUUCAUGUCACACGUGGCUAGUCGAACGCCAAACUCUUCAUUGAGACGAUGCUGAAACAUCAAUCCAUGGGCGAGACAGUGCCACAUUUUUAUUUGUGCUGAAAUCAAAAUGAAAGAAGUUAUCUUACAAAUUCAGCGCAGGCUAUGGUGUGAAAUAGGGCGUCUUACUUUUAUUACGUAUCGUUAAUGCCAUCUUUGUUGUGCUUAUAAAUGCACAAACACCUCUUUUCCCACUCCUAUCGAUAAAAUAAUUGUAUGAAGUCAGACAAGUUUUACUGUGCCAAAGUUUCAAAUGCAUUCUGUCAUUACUAAAUGUGUAAUGUGAUAGGUAUUUUAACAUUACUAUUUUUAACACAAAAAACAACCACAUUUGAUUAAUAAAAUAUUGAAUCUGUCAUCUUCCUCAAACUGCAUUCAAAUGAAGGGGAUGAUGACACCAUCUUUGCGAGAGGGAGGGAAUCAGAUUUCAUUGGUCCUCAACUCAUGGCUCAGACACUUCAUUCAGGAUAAAUGGAGUUAGCCCUGAGUUAGCCUGUUCUGAAGGAUUAGUUUCCUUGCUAAAAGGUGAACCACUUUCAUGUCACUAGUUAUCCUGAGUUGAACUCAGAGUUGACAAAAGUUACCUCGCUAACUCCUCAAACCUCAGUCGUAGAAUAGGGCUCUGCUCAGUACAGUAACUCAGUACAGCAACAGAAGUUCACCUGGCUCUGACUUACUGAGGUCAGUUACUAGUGCCAGGGAGGAAUAUGAGGGAAGGAGGAGGGAUAGUGAGGAAUGAAUUAAUAAGGGAUGGAAGGAAUUAGGUAGGGAGGGAAUGAGUGUUUAGGAGUGAAUUAACACACUGUCUGUCGUUAGGUGUGUGUGUCUGUGGGUGUUUAGAAGCCUCUGGGCCACACAUUCCUGUGUUACAUAUCUAAGAAGCCACACAGCUAUCUGAGAAGCUGCAGAGAGAGGGACACACACAAACCACACACAGCUUUUGACAGUCUGUAGGCUCCCAACAAGUAUGUGCGUUUGCGUUUAUGUUUGUGUGCACAAGCUAGUCUGUAAGUCAUAUAUUAUAAGUGUGAUAUUUCAUCAUCCCUGAUUCUAAUUCAAAAGUGUGUCACUGUGUUUGUCAGAUCAGAGUUGCAAAAGUCUGUUUUGCGGUAUUAACCCUUUGAUUUCCUUGUCUCCAGGGAACUAUGAGAUGGUGAGCCUGCUCCUCACCAGGGGGGCUGAUCCUCUAUCCAAGACCCAUGAUGGCAACGCUUUGACGUCAUCACUCUAUGAGGACAUGAACUGCUUCAGUCACGCCGCCGCGCACGGACACAGGUACGAGGAGUACCGUCUGAAGAACACACACUUACAACCUUUUCACACUAUUCUGCCAACCCAACCAAACUAUGCUGGCUCAGAUAUGUUCUUUUCACAGCAACUAUGGUGAAUGCGUAACCAGGCAAGCUCAGUACUGCUUUACGGCUUGGUUUGGCUCGGCUUGGUUUGGCUCAGUAGUGUAAAAAGCCAUUGUUUGAAUAAGUGAAAGCGACACUCUAAGUAAGGGUAGGAAGGAAACACUUGAGAGUAGUCGGACGUAGCCUAUGUUAACCAUACUAGCCCUGUUAUUUGUCAUAUACUUGACUUACUACCCCUGGCAUAUGGGAUAAGGGGGUUAGAGGCAAAGGAAGGGUGUGUGUGUGUGUGUGUGUGUGUGUGUGUGUGUGUGUGUAAUGGGGUGUAGGGGUGGGAUCAGGGGCUUCAUUCCAUUCAUAGCCCAUCUGUCAGAAACCAACUGUUGAAGAGUGUAGAGCGCUCCACCUGUUCACUGUGAGUGUGUGUUAGGGUAUCAGGAUGUAGACUCAACGCAUGGAUGCCUGUAUAAGUGUGACAGAUUAUGUCAUUUAAGAGAAGCUAUAUCACUGCAUUUCAUGUUACUUUGAGUGGAAAAUGUGGCCAUGUGUAGGGGGUUCCAUGAAUGUAGUUAUGUGUGCAUAUAGCUUUUGCCCAAGUAAACCUUAGACAACCUCCACUUAGUGACUCACUCUCUUUCUCUCUCCCUCGCCCUCCCGCUCAUCUUCCCUCCCUCCCUCCCUCCCUCCCUCCCUCCCUCCCUCCCUCCCUCCCUCCGUCCGUCCGUCCGUCCGUCCGUCCGUCCGUCCGUCCGUCCCUCCCUCCUUCCCUCACUCACUCACUCACUCACUCACUCACUCACUCACUCACUCACUCACUCACUCACUCACUCACUCACUCACUCACUCACUCACUCACUCACUCACUCACUCACUCACUCACUCCCUCCGUCCCUCCCUCCCUCCGUCCCUCUCGCCGUCCCUCUCGCCGUCCCUCCCUCCCGCCGUCCCUCUCGCCGUCCCUCUCGCCGUCCCUCUCUCCCUCCCUCUGUCCCUCUCUCCGUCCCGCUCAUCUUCCCUCCCUCCGUCCCUCUCUCCCUUUCUCGCGCUCCUUCCUUCCCUUCCUUCCCUCCCCCCUCUUUCUCCUACAGGAACGUGUUGCGCAAACUGCUCACCCAGCCCCAGCAGGUCAAAGAGGACGUCCUCUCCCUCGAGGAGAUCCUAGCUGAAGGGGUGGAAGGGGAGGACGCCUGCCCUCUCCCCUCUCUCCCCGGCCUGCUUCCUCCAUCCCCUGGGUACCCGUCUGAUGGGGGCAUCCCCCGGCUGUGCAAGGCCAGGAUGAAGGCCCUCCAGGAGGCUAGCUACUACAGCGCUGAGCACGGCUACCUGGAUGUCACCAUGGAGCUACGGGCACUGGGUAAGUAGAGAAUGGGACGACAGAUAGAAAAUGUGUAAAACGCCUCAAAAUGGUGAGAUGAAAUAGGCUGUGUUAAGCAGCAGUUCAUCAAUCAAUCCAAAUAGUCACGUUAUGGAUGGAAAUCUCAUAACACUCUAUAAAACUGAAGCGUUACAGAUUCCGCUAUAUACAUUUUAAAGUCAUUUCCGAUUGAGCUGACAUAAGCAGCGUUUACCGUGAAUGCGGUCUCCGCUAAAACAUUUUAAUCACGCUGUAAAGCUGAAUUUCCGCGAUGCGGAUUGAAUAGAGCCCUUAGAUGCUGGGCAAAUGAAUAUACUGUACACGAAAAAGACUAAGAGGCACCUAUUAUGCAUUUUUUUAUAGUUUUCCCAUUCGCAUUGGAUCUUGGUCAAGUCAGACAGGAUCAUAGUGUGCUGGCUGGCCUUUUUGUUCUUUUUACAAGAUGGAUGGAAAUGCCCUUUCUACUCAUUCUAUCAACAUAUGUCAUGUGACUUGUCCAGGUGUCCCAUGGAAGCUGCACGUGUGGCUGGAGUCUCUGCGGGUGGCCCAGCAGCAGUCUAGGGCCUCGGUCACUCUGUCCCUCCUUCGCGAGUUCACCUCCAUCAGGGAGGAAGACUACUGCCAGGAGCUAGUCUCUCUGGGCCUACCCCUCAUGUUCACCAUCCUACGAACCACCAAGGUAGGGCCACCUUACUUCACUUUGUCAACUUUAUGUCACUCUCAGACUUGGGUUCAAAUACUUUAUCUGUGCUUGAUUGAGCUGGUCUGGCUUAACGGACCAAUAGAAUAGUCCCCAAACUGCAAACUCUGCCCAUCUGUUACUCCAGGCAGACUAGAGCAAUGACUCAAAGUAAUUGAAAGAUUUCGAAUAGUAUUUGAAUCCGGGUCUGGUCACUGUGCUUUUUUCAUUUACUCUCUACUCUCUAGCCUGGUCCCAAAUCUGUUUGCUCUGGUGGCAUCAAUGUGCUUUCACAUGCCUCUUGAUGUACUUGAGUCAGAUUUCAUAGUAAAGACAAAGUGAACAAACAAACGAAUGAGUGAACAACUCAACAAGGAAAUAAUGAAAGAAAUGAACAAGCAAAUAAAGAAAUAAAUAAUGGUACUGUAAUACAUUGUUCUUUCCAUGCGUAGGCUAUUGGAUCUAGUCUAACCAGUUUCCUCUCUCCCUCUCAGAACGAUGCCAUCAUCCAGCAGCUUGCAGCCAUCUUUAGCCACUGCUUCGGCCCGGCUCCACCACCGGCCAUUCCGGAGAUGAAGGCCACCCUCUCAGCGCAGCUGGGUAAUGGAGUUCUCCUUUUUAAUUAUGUUUGUGCAAACAGACGUUACUAUGGAGUGAUAUUAGCGCCACCAGACAUUGAAUCUAAAUGUAAUCAUUUCGAAUUUGUAUUAAGAAAGAUAUUUUUAAGCAGCUCUUUGUGUACUGUUUUAAAUGUUUUUAUCUAACUGGGACUACAGUUGAAAACUAGUUAGCUGGCUAACUCUGGCCCAUUUACAGAAAUGUUGACCGAUGCAUUGUUCCUGUCAAAUAGAUGUAAUAAAUUAACAAAAAUGUAAUGUAAUGUUAUGAAAUGUGUAUAAGAAUUAUCUUAUUGUGCAAGCAAACAUAAGCCAAACCGGCCAACGACUCCUGUGUUAGUUUUUCAUUGUUUUAGUUUUCUAUUUGCAAGAGAGUGGAUAACAGUAAGCUGAAAUGAACGUUUCUUUCCUGAUCCUCCAGACCCCCAUUUUCUGAAUAACACAGAGAUGUCAGACGUGACGUUUUUGGUGGAGGGGAAACCUUUCUACGCCCACAAAGUCCUACUGAUCACUGCUUCAGACAGGUGAGACGAGUAAGGGGGGAGGGAAUGGGGGAGAAUGGGUGAGGAAAGGUAAGAUGGGGUUAGUAGAAGGGUGAGAGGGGUGGGGAAAGGGGUAGAGGUGAUGUUUGUGCGGAUAAUGUUUAUGUUGGAAGGUAGGGGAGAAGAGAGAGUGGAGUAUAUUGGUUAUAACUGGUGGGAUUACGGAAAGGUUUUUGAAUAUGUGUUUGCGAAAGAAUUACAACCAUGGAGUUUGUAUUGAAGACCAUUGUCUAACCUGAACUUUUCUCUGUGGUACGCAGGUUCAAGUCUCUGCUGGCUUCAUCAGGCCCAGACGGAACUAAAGAUAUUGAGAUCAGUGACGUCAAGUACAACGUCUUCCAGGUAACUGAAUCAGAUGCUGAGCUCUCAACCUGAAUCUUAGUUCUCACUGUUGAGUAUCAUAUAGAUAUUUGUUAUGUGUGUCUACAUAGCCCCAUGUUGACUAGAGAAUCCCAGAAUUUAUGUAAUUAGCUUGGCGGGACUUUAGACUCCAAAACCAUUUUAGGUACCAUGUCCCUUUACUCCAAGCUGUUUCCUCAUAGGCAAUAAAACAGUUUCUCUCUAUGUGUUUCCUAUCCUUGUUACCUUUAACCAAUGAUCUAAAAUCAUCUUGGAAUUUACCAGAGUAUGACCAAAGAGUUGAUGGAAUAUUGGAUGAUGGUAGAUCUGACAUUUCUUUGACCUCUGUCCAGAUGAUGAUGUCAUACCUGUACUGCGGAGGGACAGAGUCACUGAAGACCAACGUGUCUGACUUGUUGGAGGUGAGGAUUCAGCCAUUUUGUUUCUGAAAUGCUCAUAGAAAGACGGACUCCUUCCCAAUUAUGGAUCCUCUCCACGCCUCCUCUCAUUCAUUGCACUGAUCUGAAAACACUGAUCAGGUUAAAAGCCUGUCAAGUAUUUUCCAAUCAGUGCAGAUGAAGGCGAGUAGAUGAGGAGAGAUUUGUAAGACAUUGAAAUAGAGCCAUACUGUAUGUCAUUCAGAGGUCCUUGUACUAAAUCUAUAACCAAGUUCACCAUAGCAGUCAAUCACUCCCUCACUGUAAUGAUGUUGUUUUUUCUUGUUCACAUAUUCAUACUGAAAUCACAUAAUUUGCUUGAUUUGUUGGGCAAAAAAGGCUUUGACUGGAUCGCAGCCCUGAGAACUGUAUUAAUAAUGAUCUAAUCAUCUGCUGUAUCUUGUUAUAUGGUUGGUGUUCUCCAGCUGCUUUCAGCAGCCAGCGUCUUUCAGUUGGGGGCUCUACAGAGACACUGUGAGAUCAUCUGCUCCCAGAGCAUCGAUCUCGAAAAUGCUGUCAGCAUCUACAGGACGGCCAAGGUGAGGCCCUAGAAAUAGACUCUCUCUGUGUAUUCUGGAUCUCCGUUGUUUGUUGGAUACCGUCAUGUAUUCAGAGUCUCAGUUUACAAAUUUCACCCAAAUGUCACCCUACACACUUCUUAUUCUGAAAAGUGAAAGAAUACCUGUGACUGGAGUCUACCUGGUAGUAGUUUUUUAAACAGUACCAUGGGGAAAAGAGCUACUGCGUAAAUACUGCAAUAUGGUUUUGGAGCGAAUUGAGCCUUAAGUGUGUGUGUGUGUCUCUCUCUGUCCACCCCAGGCCCACGGUGCGUCAGUGCUGAGUUCGUUCUGUGAGGGCUUCUUCCUGCAGCACAUGGCAGGGCUCCUGGAGAGAGAGGCCUUCCGGUCCCUGCUCCUGGGGCCCCUGGGGGCCCGCUGGGUGACGGAGAUGGGCUCAGGGCCCAAGACGGGGCCUCCCAGGGGAGACUCGCCACUGGAGGAACUCGAGACCACCCUGGCUCGCCGGCUACGCUCUCUCUACAUCACCUCCCGUGUCUGA